AGUAUCUUUGUAUUGUUUCCGUGUGUUUGUAAUUAUUGAAAGUUGUUGAUUGGUGCUUAGUUUGAGUGUAGCGUCUGACGUAUGUGAAGUGUUGUUGGAGGAGAAAUCGAACGCAGUUCUGGAGAAAUAAGUGCGUCGGAGUAAAUUUUGCGGCAAAGGCGUAAUAAAUAUGUGAUCUACAGAAGUUUGAAAUUAAAUGUAGUCACGUCAAUGUUGAACGAUGUCAGAGUCGUACGAUUUCCUGUUUAAAUUUUUAGUUAUUGGCAGUGCUGGUUCAGGAAAAUCGUGUUUAUUGCACCAGUUCAUAGAAUGUAAAUUUAAGGAUGAAAGUAGUCACACGAUCGGUGUUGAGUUUGGAUCUAAAAUAGUGAAUGUUGGAGGAAAAUCUGUGAAGCUACAAAUAUGGGACACUGCAGGUCAAGAAAGAUUCAGAUCAGUUACAAGGAGCUAUUACCGUGGUGCUGCUGGUGCUCUUCUUGUAUACGAUAUCACAAAUCGUGAUUCGUUCAAUGCUUUGGCAGACUGGCUGUCAGAUGCACGAUCACUUGCCAGUCCAAACAUAGUUAUUUUGCUUGUUGGAAAUAAGAAGGACCUUGAUGCUGAAAGAGAAGUUACCUUCCUGGAAGCCAGCUGUUUUGCUCAGGAGAAUGAGCUGAUGUUUCUUGAAACAAGUGCCAGAACAGGAGAAAAUGUUGAAGAAGCAUUUCUUAAAUGCUCAAAAUCCAUAUUGGCAAAAAUUGAGACUGGGGAAGUGGAUCCAGAAAGAAUUGGCUCAGGAAUACAGUUUGGAGACAGUACCACUCGCCGACUCCACAGAGAGAGCAAUAGGCGACCACCCGAUUGUAUUUGCCGCAUGUGAACAGAAUGUGUCUGUUUUGUGAUAAAUAUUUUUCAUUGAGAAGUCAGUGAAUUGUUGUUGUGUUUUAAAAUGUGAAUCAUAAUGCAUGCUGAGGUUUGAUUUAUGUUUAUAAUAAAAGCUAUAUAUUGCAUAUAUAGAAUACUAUAGAAUAUUUGUAACAAAUAUAAAAUUAAUAGAUUACACUAAUGCCAUAAACAAAGUUUGCUGUAUUAGUCACUGGCAAAUGACUUAAGAGAAAGUAUCAUGUGGCACAAGAAUCUCAAAAUAACAUAUAAGGGAAAUCAUUUCCUGUAAUCUAAAAUAAGUGAUGAAUGUAGUUGUACUUAAAAAAAAAGAAAACAUUGUAUGACAAUGCCUUAUGGUACUUAAAGGUUUAAUUCACAGAAAACAUUUUAUAAAAUACUAAAGUUAUGUUCAUUCAAAACUCUAUGCUACUGAAAUUACACUUUAUUCCAAAUACAAGCUAAAUGGUAAGAUAUUCUUCCAUUACUUUUUCUCACCUUGUGUUUACUAUAAGGAUCUAAUGAUUUAAACAUAACUUCUGCUGACAUUGCAUUGUGUACAACUAAGUUGAAAAAUAUCUAUUUUAGUAAAUAUACUACUACAUAGUAAAUUAAAUCAGACAUCAAAACUAUUCUCAUUUACACUUACUUGUUUAUUAAAAAGUACAGAUACUAAUGACAUACGUCAACCCAUACUUGUAUGGUCAGAUAUCCAUUUAUUACACUGCAGAGUCACUAUUGUCAUUAACUGACAUUUAAAUCAUUUUGUCCAUACAUAAAAAUAGGACUUCUACAAAUCAUAUAUGUAGUAAAAUGAAACUUGGAGCUGUUAACACAUUGUUGCCUCUGAAGAACAGUUAAAAGUGUUGAAUUUGGUUGUUAGUUCCAAUGUUAUGUGUGUAGGACAAGGCAAUGAGCAGUGAAUGAAUUUUGGAUACAUAACAGGUCAAAAUACACGUUUAAGUGAGAUGUCUUAAACAUAGCACCAGAACUUGGCUGCAAUUAGACUUUUAGCCAGGAAUAUAAUCAUAGAGACUUUUAGGACAUAACUACAUUUAUAUAGCCGAAAAAAGUGUAUAUAGAAUCAGCAAGUGACCUCCUCUUGGAAACACCAAUUAUCAUCUAAGAAAAUGUAUGGUGUUAUUUCAAAUGUAUGUUCAAAUAGACAACUAUUGUAGAAUACUAACAACAUAAAAAAGAGCUGUGCACUAAGUAAUGUAGGCAGCCAGCUUGCUUAACCAUUCCUUAAAAUAACUAGAUAAGUUACAUAUCAUGUAAAAUAUUUAAUGUACUCAAUUCCUGUAUUUCAGUUGUCACAAAUUCACAUUUCAAUCCUCUUUGAUUAUUGUGGUCUCUGAAAGCCUGGUGACAACUAUUACUAGUUAAACAGGAUGUAUAUCUUUAUGAAAGAAAACAAUUCUCAUUCAAAUUCACAACCUGUUUUAAAACAGGAUUUAUCAGUUGAAAUCUGUUGACUUUUCCUGCACGUGUAUGGAAUUAUAGUGGUGCUACAUGCAUUUUAUUACAAGCCGAACAUUUUGAAUUUAAACCAGUAAAACUAAAAUAAACUCUUAAGAAAUUAGACUAUAAGACCAAAUGAAUAAAAUCACGGCUUCCAAUUAUCUUUAAAAAUAUUUAUAUUGUGCAUUAAUUUAUUGAUUUCAAAUUUAAAAAAUCUUACACUCUUCAAUUUGUAAAGCAAUUUUACAUAUAAUAAAAAGCUGUUAGUUGAAAUAAAACAUUUAUUGGGAACCAGCCACUGCUGUCAGAUUAAUGUGCCUGUCUGUAAAGCUAUCCCUGAAAAUGUAAAUGUGCGUUUUAAUCAUCGUGGUCCUGUUAAAGACAUUAUAGUGUCCUCCAGCUAAAGUCCAAUUUUUGACAAGAAACAUGGAGGGUUGUUAGUCAUGGAAUCCAAAUCACACUGUGAUUUGGCAAUUUAUUUUUAAAUAAUUGUACCAGGUGUGAACAUAUUGUAACAAAACUGCCAUAAACACAUGCAACUCACCAAUGUGAAUAAACUCAAAUUUGAGACAUA